AUGUUAAGCUGGAACACAAGAAACGCACGUGUAAGCUUUUUUAAUCAAGUUUUUUCAACAAAGAUGGCGAAAAGUAUUCACAGUAAACAUAAAAUAAAGAUGAGAAAUGAAAAACGGAAACGUUAUUACGUUCGUGAACUCAACAAUCUAAAGAAACUUGUAACAGAAAGAGAAGCACGUCGAACACUUGGAGAAUAUUCAAAUAUGAAAACAGCAGAUCAAAUUGCACUUGAAAGAAAACAACAGAAGCUUGAAAAAGAAAAAGCAAAAAAUCCAGAAGCUGUAAAAGAAGAAAAUGAUGUAAAUAUGGAUGAAGAAAAAGUUGUUCGUGUUUAUGAUAAGAGCAUGAAGGAUCAUUUCGUUGGCACAAAUAGUAGCGUCAAUGACGUGUCAACACAAUACUUUGACAAUGGCAUCAUGACUACAUAUGAUGAUAGAGACGGUUACCAAAAGAAGCUUUAG